UCGAUCAAGAGGCUGACGCGGAAGUCUAAAGCCGCAUCGUUUUUUUCCCACAACCGGCAUGUAAAUACUAUUUUGUAGCGUUUUGCAUAGACAACGCUAUUUUAUACUUAAUGUUAGCAACAGCUCAUUUAGAUGUUUUCGAACAUUGCAGCGCUUUAAUAUUAGUCCAAAGCUUGCUUGCGAGUGGCUUAAACGUGUGUCCUGAUAUGAAACUGUGUCCCCAUUGAUCUUCUGAGAUGCUGUCCACCGGUCCACAGCUGCGGCUACUGCGGCUAUUGUCCUGUGUAACUGUUGUUUUACUUUUUCAAGUCACCGACGCAAAGAGGGAUUUAAAAAGCGCCUGUACUACCUGUCAGAAAAUCACUGAUAACUUCAACAAGGGCUUUGACAGAACAGCAAAUCAGAACUUUGGCGGUGGCAACACAGCCUGGGAGGAGAGAAAACUGUCUAGAUAUGAGACGAGCGAGAUCCGUCUGAUGGAGAUCGUGGAGGGGCUGUGUGACAGCAGCAGCUUCGAGUGCAACCGCAUGUUAGAGGAGCACGAAGACCAUUUUGAGACUUGGUGGUUCAAGAGGAAAACAAAACAUCCUGAUCUGCAUAAGUGGUUCUGCAUUGAAACCAUCAAAGUUUGCUGUCCAAAGGGAACAUUUGGACCAGACUGCAAUGCCUGUGUGGGCGGCUCUGACAGACCGUGUCAUGGAAAUGGACAGUGUGAUGGCGACGGGACCCGCGGAGGCAACGGAGAGUGCAGCUGUGACCACGGCUACGAAGGGGAGUUCUGCCUCGACUGCAUCAAAGGCUACUUCAACGAAGUGAGGAACGACACCUUCUCUCUGUGCACAGAAUGCCACUCUUCCUGCAAAACUUGCACUGGAGCGACCAAUCAGGACUGUGAUGAGUGCAAAGACGGCUGGGAGGAAGAUGACCAGGAAGCUUGUGUUGAUGUAAACGAGUGCUCCACAGAUCCUUCUCCGUGUGAUGAAGAUCAAUACUGCCUUAACACGGAAGGCUCCUACUCCUGCUCAGCUUGUGACAAGGUGUGCUCUGGCUGCACUGGGGCCGGUCCUGAUAAGUGCCAGGCUUGUGCCAGCGGGUACCAAGACACAGAGGACACCUGCACAGAUAUUGACGAGUGUUCCCAGCCAGAGCCGGUAUGCACCAAGGAACACGAGCAGUGUGUCAACACCAAAGGCAGCCAUGUGUGCAUCUGCUCGAGUGGUUAUGAGAAACAAGAUGACGAGUGUGUCCAAACGCUACAGCCAGAAAAAGAAGAGGAGUCAGAAACGACCGAGGCGACCACAAGUGUACACAGGGAGCUUUGAUUUAAACACCCAGACGGAAGGGAGAGGAUCAGGAAGAACGGUUGGAAUCUCUGCACAUCUGAAGCCGCCCAUUUUUUUUAAAACGUCGACUACAUGCACUUAAUGUACCAGCUGCACUUAGAACCAACAACUGCUGGCCAAGCAAGUUUUUCCUCCAGCAGUGGAUCAUGGAUUAAAGGACAAAAGAAAGAGACAUUUGAUGCUCUCAGUACGAUGGUCAUUGUUGCUUUUCUCUGGUGUGCUCAAACUACCACUUGUUGGCUUUAUUUCUUAUAUGGUUUUAAAAUCAAAGAUUCAAUAAAGGUGAAAUAAAAAUAAUUUAAAAUAAA